AUGUCGGGCUAUUCCUCCAAGCAGUUGGAUGGCGACCAAAGCGCCAGGAUCAUGGAUGCCGGUGCCUCUGCUGCUCACAAGAAUGUCGAUCUCAACGAGGGUAUCCACGAGGACUCACAGGCCAGAAACGAGCCCGCGGGUAUGAAGACGUCUGGAACAGGCACUUCGAUUUUCAGCUCCCAGGGUUCCGUUGGCAAACAGUUCACCACCCAGGGUGCUAUUGGCGGCACUGCGCAAAAGCUUGGAGGCCCCUUCGACGCACAGGGUUCGAUUGGAAAGCAGUUCACGGACAAGGGCUCUAUCGGCGGUACGGUGCAGGACCACUUGGGCCAGGGCGAGUCCAACAGCAUUAGGAAGUGA